AUAUAAAUCUAAUCGCAUUUUGAUUCAUACAUGCGAUUGUUGGUCCUUCGAGAUUUUUAGAAAGUUUAGAAUCAGUGAUUAAGUGGUUAUUCUACGAAAAUUGCUUGCUGGCAGGGCGAACGUGACUUGCUAUAUCUUGUCGCCGCCCGCCGCAACCUCGUCCAACCCAUAGUUUGGACGAAUUUAUCAUUGUGAUUUCGGUUGAUAUUAUCCCGAAAUCAUUUAUCACCGUGCUGCAACGAUCAUCGCGAAAGUUCCAGUUCGUCGGCACAAAGGAAUUUUUGUGCAAGUACCGGCAGAUUUGUAUAAGCGGUACAUCGAGAACACUUUGACAGAUUGUCAACUCAGGUAGGACUAGAUUGUAAGGUUGGUAGUACGGAACGUCAUCAUCGGUGCGUGUGAGACUGCCUUUUUAGAGUUGGCGGUAAAAGUGACAAGUAGCUGUCAACAGUGACGUCUGUCAAUCGGAAUUUUCUUCACGGCUUGUGUACUGCGUAAACAUAACAAUUAUUAUAGUUUUCAACUGCAAUUUUUAACAAGUUCUUGUACUAAAGUGCGGGUUUGUGUGUAAAUAGUGUUUCCGUUUGUAUUGAGCGUUUGUUUUAUGAAAUACGGCAAUGGCGGAGCUCAAGAAGUUAAAGAUUAUGCGCGGCCAAGUCAAGGCGUCGAUGACUCGCAUCGAGCAGUUUGUUAACGACCCCAAUAGUUUAAAUUCCGCCUCGUCGGAGUCCUUGGAGGCUCGUAAGGAAAAACUAGCCUCGUCCCUCAAAGAUUAUGAGGCAAACCAACUUGAUAUAUUGAACCUAGAUGACAAGGACACAGAGGAUGCAGGUGACUUUGAGAACCGCUACUUUAGCACGAUGGCUAAGAUUAAUGAGACUCUCAGGUCUCUACGUGGGUCAGAUGCAGUUCAAGCUGCUGGAGUUUCUUCUUCGAAGUUGUCCCAUGUAGAUAUACCAGUGUACAACGGAAACCUCCGUCGAGGACCGCUUGGCUUUUGUGCAAGAGAAGAAGCUGUGUGCAGUUUGUAUAAACUCUCACUCAGAUAAACCUUGUAAGUACAAGUUUAAAUGUAAAUUAUGUAAAGGUCAGCAUAAUACCCUUUUGCAUACUGAGGAUGCUUCAGAUGUCAAGCAACCAGCGGCAGCAUCUAUUGUUUUGACAUGUGUCAAAAAGGCAUCUUAUAAAAAAGUAUUACCUACAGUGAAGGUAAAAAUUGUUGAUAAAUUUGGCCGGGAUGUUUAUUGCCGCACAUAGGGGUAUUUCACUAAAAAAGCUGGCCAUUAGUAGAAUGUAUCAAGACGUAGAAUCCCGGGAAAAGGGUAGCCGAACUCCUUAGUCAUAUAAUUCAUGGAUACUAGAACAAUAUUUAUUUUUCGCUGCGUGUGGUGGGUAUUUGUGAAAUCGGUGUCAUUUAACCGCUCUUACUAAAACACAUCUACGAAAGCGAAAAUUCGAUAAAAAAUAUUACAAUUGUUAUGCGUUGUUUAGACAACAAAUAAGGUGAUAUUUUAAAAUGUCUGUUCGGGAAAUAGAUUCACCAGGUAUGCUUAAUUUAAUUUGUUUAUUAUUAUUUUCUUACUAAGGGUUAUAUACAUUUAAUAUCAAAUUUCAGUAAAUACUCUCUUGCACUAUGAAUUUUCGAAUUUGACUUGAACUCAAAAGGCCGAAAGUUGUUCUAUUGGGCUAUAUUGGGCUAAAUUUGUAGUUCUAUUCGACAGGAUAUUUAAUUCUCUAGCAAUUUUAUUUAAAAUUAGGGUGCCCAGAAGUGCCCAUUAACGAAUUACGAGAAUUUUUACACUGAGCGAUAUUACCAAACAAAGUUUCUUUUUGCGGUCGGAAAAAAUAAUUUUCUGAUUUAUCAUGGCAGGUCCUUCUGGCGUGAGAGUAGUGACCAGAGAAUACAUUUUUCGUAUGAUGAAAGACUGUAACGAACCCCAAUUUCUACAAAAACUUGAUGCAGUCAUGAAUAAAAUGACCCCAACCGUGCACAAAAUUUUACUGCAUGGUCCUGUUGUAAUGAAAUAUGCACUUCUCCCUAUAGGAAAUUUGUCCGAAGAGGCAGCCGAGGCCAGAAAUAAGCACUUCCGAGAAUUUAGGAAGAGCUUUUCAAGGAAGUUCUCGAGAGAGCAGUGCAAUUUGGACGUCUUAAAUCGGCUGCUACUUACGUCAGAUCCGUUUUUGAGCAGCAUUAGGCCUAAGCCUCUAAAAUCAACGAAACCAUUUAGCCUUGCUGCUAGGGACAUGAUGCUUGGCCCAAACAUAGACGCAAACGCGAUGUCAGAUGACUUAUCAUCAGAUUCAACAGGUGAAAGUGAUGAAGGGUCGUCUGAUUGAUCAGAUAGUAGCUGUUUAUCAAAUAAUUAAAACUUGAAGAAUGUUUUAUUCUGCUAUUGACCGGUAUAUAAACGAUACAACACUACACCAACCGGCAAAUGUAUAAAAGUUGCAUAAAAUAAAUUAAAAUAGCAUAUUUGGAUUCACACAAUAGAACUCCUGAUACAAAUGUACAUAAAUCAUUUUGGCCAGCUUUUCUAGUGAAUUACCCCUAUGUGUGCCGUGCAUUGCUUGACACCGCCUCAAGUGAAUCUUUUGCCGCUACUUCUCUUGUAGAAAGGCUAGGUUUUGCCACUGAGGCAGAAUGUGUAAAUAUAAUUGGUGUAAAUAAACAGACCUCCGUUAUGGAUAGGUCAGUACUUAUUCCUGUGGAGUCUUGUCUAUAUGAAGACGUUAAAUUUAAUGUUGAUUGUCAUGUUGUUGAUGAUGUAAC